AAAACCCGGGACAUGAAAGAUCAAGUUUUGCGCAAACAAGAUUAGUUCCACCUCCACCACAUUGCUCAAAAAUGCAACAACAGUUAAAAGAAUUUGGGUUAGGUGCUACAGCUGCCAGUGGUGCUUGCCUGUUCACAAAUCCUCUCGAAGUUGCCAAAACACGGAUGCAACUUCAAGGAGAACUGAAGGCGCGGGGAACGUACGCGGUCCAUUACAAGAACGCUUUCCACGCGUUUUACACGAUCGGUCGAUACGACGGCCUCAGAUCGUUGCAGAGCGGACUUGUUCCUGCUCUAGUUUACCAAGCUGUGAUGAACGGCUGCCGGCUCGGUUCUUAUCAGGUCUUUACAAACUUAAAACUGACUGCCGACAGCGAAGGUGAAAUUGUGUUUUGGCGUUGCCUAGUUGCCGGUGGCAUUUCGGGAGCUACAGGAGCUUUUUUAGCGAGUCCGGCAUACAUGGUAAAGACACAACUGCAAUCUCAAGCUACAGACACAAUAGCAGUUGGAUUUCAGCAUAGACACACUGGCUUUCUCCAAGCAAUAUCUGGUAUUUACCAGCAGUUUGGCAUUAAAGGACUUUGGCGAGGGGUCAGUGGUGCUCUUGCCCGCGUAAUGGUUGGAUCUGCAGUUCAGUUAUCAACUUUUUCAACCACCAAGGAAAAAAUUUUGCAAACAAAUUUCUUUCCAGCAAGGAGCUGGCUUAUCCCAGCUUCUGCCAGCAUGAUAAGCAGUAUUGCAGUGGUUACAUUUAUGACACCUUUUGAUGUGGUAAGUACACGCCUUUACAACCAAGGCACCAGUGCAAGUGGUAAGGGACUGUUAUAUAAUGGAUUUGCAGACUGCUUCGUCAAAGUAUUCAAACAAGAAGGUAUUUUAGGGUUAUAUAAGGGUUUUGGACCACAUUAUUUCAGAAUUGGUCCGCACACAAUCUUGAGUUUACUCUUCUGGGAUCAACUAAGAGUAUUGUCUGCCUCAUAUGGUUUUUAAAGAAGCCAUGAUGUCUGGUGUGGAUAAUUUCAGUAUUUCAUUGGUUAUUGCUCUUUAUAAGCUAAAUUAUAUACGCAUUUUGGUUCUUAUGCAUAAUCUAUUGGAGGACAGACGCAUGGAUGAUGUCACUAUGAACAACAUUUUACUAUUUGUCAUAUGAAACAAAUAGAUUCCACAUUGCUGUGGCUCUGGAUAGUAAAAGAUAACAGAACACAUCAAAAUAUUGUCAGAGCAUCAACCAUUUUGUUUUUUCAUUCAACACAUUUUGAUGUCAUCUGUGAUAUAUUACUUUACAGAUACUAAAAAGCAUAACAUAUUUGUUAAACAAUGAAAUCUUCAUUGUAGAAGACUUUGACAAGGAUUAUUGAGAUAGUAGUCAACUAUUCAAAUUAUUACUCAUAGUAAAACGGUUUUACAUGUUCAGAAAUAUCCUUAGAGGUUCUUAAAAUGGAAGAGUCUUUAUUUCACACGAUAAGCUGAAUUAUACAGUAAAAGAUGACAGGUUCUUCUCUCACAACUCAUUUUGAUGUCAUCUGUGAUAUAUUACUUAUCAAAUACUAAAAAACAGAAUAUAUUUGUUAAACAAUAAAAUCUUUAUUGUAGAAGACUAUGACAAGGAUUACUGAGAUAGUAGUCUGCUAUUUAAAUUAUUGCUCAUAAUAAAAAAGGUUUUACAUGUCCAGAAAUAUUAUCAGAGCUUCUUAAAAUGGAAGAGUCUUUAUUCCAACAUUAAAAUUUAUUUUAUUUGAACAGA